GCGAUAUCAAGUGAUUGCCUGGUACAGAGAGGAGGAAUCAGAGGAGAGAAAGAGACAGCAAAAUAUCCCGGUUAACUCAUAGACACAGAGCCCACGGUUGAUCGUAUCGAUCACAGGAGAGCCCACGUUAUAUACACCUUUCAAGUGGUUUCCUGAUUGUGCGUUCAGUAAGCUUUGAAAGUACGUGUCCACUGAAUCCAGAGUGUAUGUGUGAGGCUCCAACUGUUAGCUGACAGGCUAACUAGCGCAGCCAUUGAAGCAAUGGCGUUGAAGAGAAUCCAGAAGGAGUUGUCAGACCUGCAGAGGGACCCUCCUGCCCAGUGCUCUGCUGGACCUGUUGGAGAUGACCUGUUUCACUGGCAGGCGACAAUAAUGGGUCCGAGUGACAGCCCAUAUCAGAGCGGUGUGUUUUUCCUCACCAUUCACUUCCCGACAGACUACCCCUUCAAACCACCAAAAGUUGCAUUCACAACAAAAAUUUACCACCCUAAUAUCAACAGUAAUGGAAGUAUUUGCCUGGAUAUACUGAGAUCACAAUGGUCACCUGCACUUACGGUAUCAAAAGUAUUAUUGUCCAUCUGCUCUCUACUUUGUGAUCCCAAUCCGGAUGAUCCCCUGGUACCAGAGAUUGCACAUACGUACAAGGCUGACAGGGAAAAGUACAACAAGUUAGCAAGAGAAUGGACACAGAAGUAUGCAAUGUGAGGAAAAAAAGUGAGAUCAAAAUACAAAUGAGAACAAAGGAAAAAAAAAAUACAAAGGAUUUGUAACUUGAGGCAAAUGAGCAACAGAGGAAGAAAAAGAAACUACAGCCUGUGUUUUUGAGAAGGAAAUUAUACAAUGAGGUACAGUGCCACCUAGCUUUCCGUGUACUGAGCUACUACCAUGUGCUGUCCUUCAUGACUUGUGUGGAUCUGCUGAGCAAGACCUGAUGGAAUCCUUAAAGCACUCCCAUAUGGAAUACCGGAAUUUCUUCCCAGUCCCACAAUGCCACACCUGGACAUCAAACGGUUACUCCUGUUAUUGUGAUUAUUGUCACUGUUGCUAUUCAUACGCUUCAUUUUGUGUUAACGAGUCAAAUCAUCUUGCUAUUAAGAUGCAAAAUGUUGAGAAGAUUUCCCCUCUGUUCAUUUCAAAGGUACAGUCUGUCUUGUUUUUAUUGUAUCUCCAUGUAUUUUAGAGGCCUUUCUGUGUUAUGUUUUUGGUACAUGUGCAAUUGAGGGAGAAUGUUGAACCCAAAAUGGUGCAGUGCCAUUACCAGCAGCUUACCUGUUGGCACUUGCUGUCUCUACCCUGAGGAAAUGUGAAAUCUCUAAAAAGGAUCGACCUCUAUUGUCCACUGCAAUAGAAACAUUAAACAGUAUUCAGCCUUUUUUAAGACACUGGGAAGCUGCAAGCAAGGUCAGAUUUGCAUUUGUUGGACUUAGGUUAAUGCUCAUUUUCUUACACGUGCUGUCUUUUCCCUUCCAUCUAAUAUAAGAAACCAUAAAUGGCUUGUAUAUUUAUUGCACACAAGGUACUACUGUCGUCCAAUUUAUUUGUGUUGUGUAGUUACGAACACGGCUACUGUAAUCUGUGGUACAGAGCUCAGCUGCUGUGCCACCUCCUCAGUACAGUUACUCAGGUAUCUAACCACAUCAUCAGCCUUGACCUGCAUUGACCCGUGGUGACAAUAAAGAUCAGGGCCCAUAUCAUCAAGCCUCUAUUAAUAGAAAUGGUGUAUUCAGCUUACUUAACGUCCGCAUUUGCAGAGGCAGUACGAUCAAAGAUGAGCCUCUUGUUGCACUCAAAUACAUGCUGCGUAAAAAAGUACUGUUAUACCCUCUCCAGGUCUCUUUAAGGUUUUCAAUUUAGUUUUUUGGUGGGUUUUUCUUUUGUUUUUUUUCAAACAAAACCAAGAUCUUAACAGCUUUUCAGUACUGUCAAAAUGUAUGUGCUACUUUUUUUCUUUUUUUUAAAAUGAAAUGGCCUUUGGUUUUAGGUGGCAUCCCUUGUACAGAAAAUGAGAACUUGACUUAACAUGUUGCAGAACCUUAUUUGAAAUUAAUGCGGGUUUAGUUAUUGGAGGAGAAUAAAUACAGUAAUUUGCCACUGCUCUUUCAUUUGGUUUAAUUAAUAGGCGACGUGAAGUUUUGCAUUUUGUUGAUAUUCAUGAUUGGUUCUGCAAUUUUCUUUUCUCCAGGAAAUAACAGUAACAAUUGGGUGAUACAUUUGUGACUUUUUGUAUUGUACCUUUUUCAAGUUUUCGUUUUAGGCUUUUUUUCUCAUUUGUGUCACAAAAAAUGAACAUGAUUGUGAAGUGUCAUAAUGUACUAGUUUUAACAUAAUUCAUUGUAACUGCUGGAAAAACUAGAAAAUAAUUGUGAUUUUUGAAAUCACAACUCUGCGCAGAUGCUGCCAAUGUAAAGGGAUUUUUGGAUAUUAUAAGGAGGAAGAUAUUCUGCUGUUGAUGCAACAGUGAAUGGAAUCAUCCAGAAAGGAAAAUAGUAUGAUGGAUUUUAGGAACUUUGAUUGUAGAAUUAACAUGAUUUAGGCAAUGGAUAUAGACUUUCGUCAUUGUUAGCUGCUGUAGAGAAACUAGUCAAAACAAGUUGUCCUAAAAUAAAAUAUACACUAAAGUGUUUUGAAAACAUAUCCUCUAAAUGCAGUAAAAGGCUUUGCUGCAGCAUCUUAUUUGUAUUGCAACUAAUUCACUCCCUGUGUACAUCGUCAUUUGUUUAUCUGGCUCUUUAUUUAUGAAUAUCUUCCAACUAUACAAUUGAAUGCAGGCUCAUUUCAUAAUGUGACUGAUUAUUAUAUUAACUUCUCUUGUCCAGUGUGCACAGUAGAAUUUAAAUAGGCAGCUUGGCAUGCUUUGCACUCUGAAGAACUUUCUCACAGCCAUUUGCCAGAUAUCAGGGAUUUCGUUACAAGUCAUCUGCCUAACACCUCAAACUAAAAUUCUAGCCUUAACCCUCAUUUUGUAUAUUUAUAGGAUGUGUCAUAAACUGUAAAUUUGCUAUCAGGGCUGUAUCCCCAAAAUGGGUGAUUCAUCUCAUUAAUAGACAUGGAAAGCUGCUUGAACAGUACAAAUAUUUGGCUUUGUCUGAAUGCAGAACCAGCUAUCACGCAUUUUAAUAUAUGAAGUACAUUUGCUUCAACUGCCAUCUUAAACCUACACAUUUUCACAUAAUCUAAACAAGAUAACUAUUGAACUUGUAAUAAGAAUAAAACUCAUCUUGGUUUAA